AUGGUUCGCGUGACUGCUCUUGCUAUUCUGGCUUUUGCCGCAUCUGCCCUGGCGGCCCCCCAAGGCCCCAACAAUGGCAGUGACCAGAUCUUUGACUUUAAAGGCAAGCCGUUGACCGGCGAGAAGAAGGCCAAGUUUCUGGAUCUAGAUACCCAGGGCGAGGCGAAGUUGGAGCAAGAGAAAAUGGAGCAGGAGCUAAACUCGAUUCAUGAAGAGCAGGAUGAUCUUCUGGGUGUUCCAAAGGGGCAGUAG